GUUAGGAGAAGACUCCUCUGAGCUCUGUGGCAGCUCUGCAAUGGAAAAAGAGAAGGAAACGUACAUUGAAGACAAGUCCAGUCUGGUCCUGAGGUUCUUCCCUCCAGUGUACCCUCCUCCAGCAGCUUGGUCCCACCCUAAAACUCACAUUCCUCUACAAAUACCCCCAUCUUAUCCUACAGACUUCAGAUUUGUACAUCAGACAACAACCUCUCUACAUAACAAGAAGGAAGAACAUUGAAGCAUUGCUUUUGGUUUUCAGAAGUUCAGAAGGCACAAAACUAAAGGUAGGCUGGUUUUAAUUUACUUGAAUAGUGAAACACGGUGUGAUUCUGUGAAUGUUUAAAUGAUUGAAAAAAAAAAGGUUUGAUCGAGAAUGAUCUGGAUUUUCUUACAAACAAAUAGCAUAAAAUGUGUAAUAAUUGUGAUAGAGGAAAGGAAAAAAGUGAUGCUUUGAUAUAUUUUAUGUCUGUUAUAAGAGAGGUUUGAUCAGACUUUGCAUGCCUGAUGUGCACAUUUGCUGACAAUAUUAGAAAUGCUGAAGAACUGAAAUGGCCGACUUUAAACUAAGCGACCUUUUUAGUUGAGCUCUCGGUGUUCAGCUUACUCCAAAGUUUGUGGCCUGGGGCGGGUCAUGCAUGUUUAAACUUAAACCGUUUUUUUUUUACUUGGUUAAUCCAGUCCAAAUUAUCCUGUCUUCACUGGAGAUGACUUCAACACUCUUUUGGAGUGAUUGUUGGUAAACCAAUUUUUGAAGGGCUCUUCUGAGAGUGGAUGUGUGAGGAACAUCUGGAAUGCCUACAUGGAGGAAGAACAAAGGAGGGGCUUUCCUUGCUUGAAAAAAUAGAUAAACUGUUGAUUUUGAAACCUAAGUUUCAUAUAAUAAAUAUUCAGAGAAUAUUGGCAUGUACAGUGUUUUGACUAUUGGAGGUUUGUAGCAUGUGAAACAAUGAAUCAAUCUAUUUCUAGUAUUGUUAUCUUAUUUUAGAUUUCCAGAUUUCAGGACAUACCACAAAAAAACAGAGCUGUAGCUUUGAACACAAACUUAAUUUAUCAUCUUUAUAAGAUUGAAUCUGACACAAAGUCAAUACAAUCAAUAAAAAAGGCAGAUGUUUCAAGUAUAACGUUGUGAGGGAGUGGCUGAGCAGAGCACUGGGUGGAGAUCCAGGAGGCCCUAGGCCUGUUGGGACUUGAAUUUGUUUUAAAACAUAGCCCAAAGCUACAUAAUCCUGUGAAGGCCUGUCUGAGGGAGCGGGUGUUUGUCUGAGAGUGGCUUCAGCUAUGUGAUCACAAAACCCCCAGCAGAUCAACAGUUACACCAAUGACAUCUGUGAUCACUCCUCCUCUCUAUCUUCAGGAGUGAACAAGAUUUUUUUUAACCCAAACACUGAUCGACAAACCUGUGGGUGUGGAACACAGACGUCUCAGAUCUUCAGAGAGUCGAUCAAAAUGACUGAAAUACUAACAGUAGAAGAUCAAGCUGAAGAUUGCACUGUAAUGUAUGAAAACUUUUCAUUUAACUUCUACUCUGUCUUGGAUUGUUUUUUUCCUCCAGUAUGGGAUCAAUUGGGGUUCAGAUUGUGUGUGUGGCCCUUGGAGUCCUCGGCCUGAUUGGGGUCAUCGUAUGCUGUGCCGUCCCACGCUGGAAGGUGUCCUCCUUCACAGGAGCCAACAUUGUGACUGCACAGGUAAGGAAAAACUUCACUGAAAACAUGGAGACGCGGAGAGAAAGUCUGACAUCAUAGAGAAACAAUGAAAAAGCAUGCAGGACCAGGUCUUCAUUAGUGCUUUUACCUUCUCAGAGUUUCACUCCCAGUCUGAUUAACUUAACAUAUUUCAAAAUAAAAGCUGUACACGUCAAUACAAAGACAGCUAAGAUGGAGAACUCCAACCCUGAUGUUAGGUAAUUUAAAACUGUGUUUACUGUUUAAUCUUACCAGUAAACCACUUAUCCAUGUUAUCCCUAUUAUUAUUAUAUAAUUAUAUCACAAAAUUACAGAUGUGUUUUUUGGCUGUUGUAGCAUGAAGAGUAUUACUGUUAUAGUCAGUUCAUAUAUUUCAUAAUUGGGUCUUUUAAAGCCCAUCAAAGAGAUUUUUAUGGUCAAAUACAUGUAUAAUUGGGGAUCUGAGCUCACAUGGAUUACCGAAAUAUCUUAGACCCGUAAAAAGACUUAGGCUGUUUACCUGACAACUUCAGAUUUGAGGUGGGUUUUGAAAAAGCCAUUUUUAUAUACCCAAUAUACCCAAUACCCAAUAUGGAUAUAAAGGAAAAGUUUGAGGAAGUUUGUUUAUUUAUUUACAAGUUACUUUUCAUACAAAACAAAGUGGUGGAAUCUCUGAAGCUGAACAUGAAAUGGAUAAGAGCGUAACUUUUUCAUUUAUCAUGAAGAAGUUUAUAGAAAAAGUUACGCUCUUAUCUGUGGUAGUGGAAGUGACUCUCAUCUCCCCUUCUAUGUGUGUGUCUAUGCAGAGCAACCAGCAAGGCCUGUGGUCGGAGUGUGUGGUGCAGAGUACAGGCCAGCAGCAGUGCAAGAACUACGACUCCCUGCUGGUGUUAUCCUCUGAUCUGCAGGCCGCUCGCGCCAUGACCAUCAUCAGCUGCAUGCUCAGCAUCAUCAGCCUCCUCAUCCUCUUCUGCGGGGCCGACUUUACCACCUGCAUAGAAAACGAAGACGCCAAGCCCAAGAUGAGCCUGGUGGCCGGGGUGGGCCUUCUGCUUGCUGGCCUGCUGGUCAUAAUUCCCGUCAGCUGGUCUGCCAACAUCAUUGUGCGGCAGUUCAACGACCCACUAGUGCUUGCCUCACAGAAGAGAGAGCUGGGAGCCUGCAUCUAUGUGGGGUGGGGUGCUGGUGUGCUGCUGCUCCUCGGUGGAGGUCUGCUCUGCUGCUUCAGCCGACCAAAGUCCAGCUCUGGAGGAACCGCCAAGUACUACAGCAACAGUGCGUCUGCCCCCAACAAAAACUACGUGUAGUUUUAUUCUGUAGGGGACUGGUGUGUGAGGGGGUCUGAUUUGGUUAAAGACUGGUGAGCACACCUAGUAGCUGACACCAGGAGUUGUUUUUGAGAAAAUGGGAAAAAGUGAUUGUAAAUACAUGUUUUCAGUGUUUUCCUGCAUAUUCACAGUUAUCUUGGUGAUGUUUUAAGUUUUAAACUGUUUUGUUAGUUGGUGUUGGGUUACACUUACAAGCUUUUUGAAAGGGAAACAGAUAGAACAAGCUCUACCUUUGAGAUUUAAGACAACAUUUUGUCAGUCAAAAACAUCUGAAAAACCUGAAAUUGCUUUUGAUUGGUUAUUUGUCCUUAACUUAGAUCCAAACUAGUAAUAAAUGAAAUCCAAAAUGGUAAAAAUGUAAAUGAAUUUAUUUUUAAGAAGGUUCUCUGAAAUGCAGAGAUCAAAGUUCAACAUUUCAUCAUAAAAGGGUCAGCCAGCUUUGUGAGAUGCACUAGUUGCUAAUAGUUACAUUAAGUUAAUGUAUCCUAUAAAAUCCAAUGUCUUAAAAUGUUUGUUUGUUUUCAGUCUCUUUCUGUUUCUUUCAUUCAAUCAGAAAAAAAGCUGUUUUAUAACAGUCCUCAGCCAAAUUCAUCUCAUCCGGCCUCAGGGAGCAUCUGUGUGCACUCAUGUCUCAAAUAUGUCAUUUCUGAACAGCCAUAACAUUAAGAAAGUUCUGUAUAAUAAUCUCAUGUUGUUUUAUUUUUCUCAUUUUGUAUGUUGAUGAGUAUAAAGGAUUAAAACAUGUUAAAGUCAA